CGGUGCUGCUGCGGGACCGGGGGAGGGUCCUUUCCACAACAGGAGUCGACCACCAGCGCCUCUGACCUGCGCUGUUCUCUCCGCGGAGGCCCGGGGUAGUAUCGGGCCCCAGCCCUACCUGUGAUCGAUCUGUUCGUUCUGAGUAGCAGAUGUGAAAAUCGGCGAUUUCUGGUUGUGCUCCCAAACCUGUGCUCUUACAGUGUUUUUCCGUCCUGCUCAGGAGAAAGUGAAUUGAAUGCUGUGCCCUCCAGACCUCCAGCCCACGUGGAACAGCACCAAGAAAAUAUCCGUCUGUGCUUUUGUGGUGAUACCCACCCUUAAGGGGAAGGGUGUUCGCAGCUGUUUAAUAUAAAUCUAGUUAUUUUCAGGUGAUUCAGAAUUAAUUCUCAUGUCAUCAGAGAGCUCGACUGUCACAGUUCGUCUUGUUCGCUCUUUUGAGCACCGGAAUUUCAGACCUGUGGUGUACCAUGGAGUUUCCUUGGAUCAGACAGUGAAGGAGUUCAUUACUUUUGUGAAGAAGGAUGUAUCUUCAAGAACAGGACUUCCUCCUCCCUUUAAAAAUUACAAGUAUGAUACAAUGAAGAUUAUUCACCAAGCACACAAAUCUAAGACUGGUGAACUUGUAGUGAGUUUGGAAGAUGAUGACAAACUGAUUUUGAAAGAAGACAGUACACUGAAAGCAGCUGGAGUAGCAAAUGAGACGGAAUUAGCAUUCUUCUGUGGGGAAGAUUACAGAAACUACAGAGCUAAUCCUGUUUCGGCCUGGUGAAGAUCCCAAGAGAUUGUUUUGUUUUCCCAUACCUGUUGUAAAUUUCCCUUAUUCUGCUUAAUGAGAUUUUUCUUAAAGAUCAGUAAAUCCUAGAGGAUUGCUUUGCAAGCAGUGCAAUUCCCUUACUAUAGAAAUUAAUUUCUGUCAAUAUGCCUCGACUGAGAGAAGGAAAACUGGGGGACAUAAAUUACUUUUUUUCCUUUCUCACUUCUCUCUUUCCUUUGCAUGCCUCUUGUGCUUCAGGCAGUGCCAUCUCUGACCUGUGACACACGUUCUUGGUGUGAUCCUACAGCAGAGAGCAGCUGCAUAUGGAGAUUAUACGAUGUACAGUAAGAUCCCAUCACAGUACUCACUUCUAAUGAAAAUGAAGCAAACCCUCCUUCAAUUAAAUGAAAAGUUUUAUGACCAAAUCACUGGGUAUUUUAAAGAGCUUGAGAAGAGAAUGUCUCUGUUUCUCAAGUCAUAGCUUUACUUCUCUCAUUUUGUGUUUGGUCUCUUUUGUUUAAGUAGUGCAGACUGGCAAGUGUUUCAUGCUUUUCACUGGUGAAUACUUUCCAUUAUUCUCUCUUCCAGCCCUCUUUAGCAUGCUGAAAGGGGCAAAUGACUGUUGGGAGGCUUUUGUGUUCAGGACCAGCUCGCCUGUUUCUAGCUUUAAUUCGUGGAGACACCUUCAUACAGAGGUAGCAACUCGAGUUCUGCCAGGACGUCAGUGUGUCUAAGUAGGAAUUGGGCAUUUUUCCAAAUGGAGUGAAAGGUCAUGGUUUCAGUUUUAUUCUUAAAAUGAGAAUCAUUGCAUUUUUGUGAGGAGAGGCCCAGUCUGUGAGCCACAUGUCUUCAAGACUGGAAAUGAUUCCUUUCUGUUUUCCAUGAGCCAAAUACUUUGUUGCUAUGUGUUUGUUCUUGGUAAUUUCAGGCUUUUCUACUGCAUGAACCAAAUAAAGAAUAAUAGAAAAUAGUCAUGUAUUCAAUAAAGUACCUUUAGAUAAAUACCACUUACAAAGUGCUUUUUAGGGGGUACCAAGAUGGGACAUUGUGCCUUUAAGCCUCUCUUAACUGGAAGAGGAAUGAUGCUGGCUCUCUGCCUUAGCAGGCUUUUUGAGCACAGGCUCUGCUAAAUCAAAUGAGACCUCACAUGCAGUUGCUGUACCCUACACAUGUACUCUUACGCUUUAAGUUGAGACCUGACUCUACCAUUUCCACAAGAGACUUUCUGGAGAAGUAAGCUUAUUGUUUCCUGGAACUUUGAUUAUUUUUCGUCUUUUUUUAUUGACACAUGAUACUGAAAAGAGAUGUGUGAUUUCCAAAGUAUCUAAAUAAAAUUUCCCUUUACUUUAGAUGUACAUCCGAAGAAUCCUCCAUGUAUUGUUCCCACCUUGUUUUCUUCAUCCUUCCUGACAGCUCUCUGGUUUAGGCUGUUUCUGUAGCUGGUGCUACUCACCGACAGCUUUUAUCUCUGGUGAAAGUACUCUAACACUUUUAAAACUGUGAUUAAAAGGAUUGGUUGUAUCAUUAUCUUGUAAGGAGAAGUCCUGUGUCACUGAAGUCACCUGUAUUCUUUUGGGCUUUAGAUGCUGUUAUGAAUUCCGUGAUGAAUUUGUGAGAACUUACCCCUUGCCUCCUCUUUCUGUCCAGGCAGCCUCUCUGUUGCUGAUACCUGCUCUCCUCCAAACAUGUGCCCAUGUCUCAUCUACCUUCUUACACAGUCUGUCGUGUUUGCAGAUUUAUCUGUCUAAUACAGGUUUGUACUCAUCUUCUCAGGCAGUUUAAGGUAAUGCAUUGCACUCCAGCUUUGUUCAGCCAAAUUUACAAUCUAUUCAUUAAAUAAAUGGCGUACCAGAGAGAUCAGUGUCUCAGACUGGCCUGCCAAAGCAUCUAGAUGGUGUCAGUCAGCACACUCAGGCUUUCAGACUGCUUUCAGACUGAGCAAAUGCUGCCAUUCUUUUACUCCUGUUCUGGGGAUUUGAAUUUGGUCUCCAGCCCUUUCAAACAGAUUUGGAUUGGUUUUGUGAUCCCUUUUUUUCUAAGGCAUUUGUGUUAGAAAGAGUCACCACAUUUUAACAACUGUUCUUUCUGGGCUUGUACAGUUCCAAACUCGGUGCCACUUUGAGUGUGGCACAGGGGAAGAGGGAUUCUACAGCAUCAGUGAGGAAAAACAGUAAAUGCAAAUAUUCAAGAAUGAUGUGCCUGGCACUCCAGAUUAGCUUCUCUUUCCAAGGGAAGAGUUAAACUACUGCUUUGUGAGCUCAGUUCGCUCUGGCACUGGCACUUCAUUGGCUCCUUUCUCCAACAGCACAGUAGAGCCUUUUGUAAAACUCUCAAUGGCCAUACUUGUAAGCUGGUUUCUUCCUGAAGUGU